AUGAGCACUGCUGCAGCUUGGAGAGCACACUUCUCGUACAACCGCUACUCUCUCAUUGCAGGCCGUGCCCUUGCCCGCUCGUUGAACGAGAACGCCCGUGUCUCUGCCGAGAAGCGUGGUCUUUCAUCUUUGAAGUACCAAAAGUGGGAGUCUGGCAAGUCUAGCGAAGCCCAAUGGAUCAACCCUCCCAAGGACGCUGACGCCGUACCCAAGUCCGCGGCAGUGUGA